CCAAAAUAGAAGUGACAUUCCAAUAUCGCGCCCUUCAGUGUAAAUAAACAUUUUCUAAUAUCUCGAAACCAUCGGGAUGACGUCCUUAAAGCAACUCAUAUCGCUCGUCAUAGCGAUAACCGCCUUCGCCUAUACUUUUUACUCAAUGGGAAAAUUGAUAAUGUUCCUGUCAGCGCCCACCAAAGUGCGGAAGGAAUACGUUUGGGUCCUGAAUCUCCUGGACAACAAGUCGCGCCUGCAAACGGCCUUCGUUGCGAUCCUUUUGGACACUGCCUACAUAAUUGUGUUUAUUCUGCAACACAGCGUGAUGAAGUCGCAGAUUGUGAAGAGUAUAAUUUAUAAAGUUGGACUAGGAGUGGCUGAGAGGGCUAUUUACAGCCUCACGUCCGCCAUAUGCUUGCUGUAUUUAAUCGACAACUGGAGGCCAGCACCUACCAUCAUCCUGUGGCAAGUGGACGUGGCUAACAGCAACGCGCUGUACUGGACGUUCAUUCUCAUUCACGCGCUCGCCUGGAUAAUCAUCUACGGAGGAAGCAUCAUCAUGGACUUACCGGAAAUCGUGGGCAUCAAGCAGGUGUACUACGACAUGAAGAAUUACGCGCCCCCAAUGGCCUACAAGUCCUUCGAAUUAAAGCAUUUGUACGGGCAUGUGCGCCACCCUUCCUUCAUUGGACUGACUACAGUUCUCUGGGUCACGAACCUGAUGAGCAUUGACCGCUUAGUCCUUGCCAGUCUACUCACGCUGUACAUGUACGUCGCCUGGUCCACGGAUCACAACGACGUCAUCUACCAGAAAUGCCAGCUGACGAGGAAGCAGACGGAACUGAAGCACCAGCGAUACUAGAAGCCGGAGUCAAGGAGCAUCUGAGCUCGGGGAACACUGCCUAACAAUUGCAUGCACUCAUUUACGCUGGAAACUUGACACUUACUCAUCCUGUUAAGCGUGGAAAUAAUCUCUGCUCGCUUUAUAGUGCCUAAGCUAACUCAAUGACUAAUAAAACACGUUUUGGGUAAAA